UACCUCUACUUCCUGGAGGGCAGGAAAAAAAAACCUUUCCCAGGUAAUUGUGACUGGACUGGGUGUGACCCUAAAGAAUGUCAAACAAAGAGAGAGUGGCUGGCUUGCUUGUCAUAGAGGGGGAAUAGAGGAUUUUCACCAUCUGUGUUCACUUUGCCGUAGCAAACACAGCAGUCAGCCGGCGUGGAAACGACAGCCCUCACCUGCUCUAUCCGGUGGCACCGACAGAGGAAAGGACCUGGUGGCUCUGUGAGGGCGGAGGGAUGUUUGACACGCUGUACGAGUGGUUCUGGUGGGACAGAAUCUGGCUGCCAGUGAACCUGACAUGGGCUGACCUGGAGGACAGGGAGGGCCGGGUCUACGCCAAAGCCUCACAUCUCUAUGUCGCUGUCCCCUACGCCUUCCUCUUCUUACUCAUCAGAUACAUGUUUGAAAGGUGGAUAGCUACACCCCUAGCAGGCUCUGUUGGGAUCAGGCAGAGAGUCCAUUUGAAGGCAGAGGACAAGCCCAUCCUGGAGCUCUACUACACUACUCAGUGUAGAAAUCCUGCUCAGGCCAACAUUGAUGGGCUGUCUAAGAAAACCAGUUUGUCAGCGAGACAAGUUGAGCGCUGGUUCAGAAGAAGACGCAGUCAGGACCGUCCUGGAGUCCUGAAGAAGUUCAGAGAGGCCAGUUGGAGGUUUGUCUUCUACCUGGCGGCGUUCAUCGGAGGAAUAGCAGCUCUGUAUGAUAAAGAAUGGUUCUAUGACACCCGGGAAGUAUGGACAGAUUUUCCAAAGCAGUCCAUGCUGGAGUCUCAGUACUGGUAUUACAUCUUGGAGAUGAGCUUCUAUGGCUCUCUUCUCUUCAGCAUUACCUUUGAUGUCAAGAGGAAGGAUUUUAAGGAGCAGAUCGUCCACCACUUGGCCACGCUAGUCCUCUUAUCAUUUUCCUGGUGUGUCAACUACAUCCGUAUUGGGACGCUGGUCAUGCUCAUCCAUGACGCCUCUGAUGUUUUACUGGAGUCUGCCAAACUGUUCAACUACGCCAAAUGGGAGAAAACCUGCCAAACUCUUUUUGUUCUAUUUGCCAUAGUAUUUAUGGUAACAAGACUGGUCAUCUUUCCAUUCUGGCUGAUCCACUGUACCUGGGUCUACCCCGUCCAGCACUACCCCGCCUUCUUUGGCUACUACUUCUUCAACGUGAUGCUGGUGGUUCUCCUCUGUCUGCACAUAUUCUGGGCCUACCUCAUUCUGCGCAUGAUCAGGAAAUUCAUGUUUGGCACUUUGACCAGAGAUGAGAGAAGUGACAAUGAAGAGGAAGAAGAGGAAGAGAACAGCACAACAGAAGAUGAAGGUGCAGAACAGGACAAGCUCAGCAAUGGAGUGGCAGCAAAUGAGAAGGAGGAGAAGAACGGCUGCUUUGGAUGCUUAUCUCCACCAGAGAACAUCUGCCGGUCAAAGACAGUGUACUGACUCAUGCUCAGUUUGUUCAGUGGAGCUGAAGACAUGAGAAACAGAACAGUGCUAAACACAUUUCAUCAAAUAUGGACUGAAAAAUAACAAAAAAACAUAAUUUAUUCCUUCAGAUGCUGGAACCAAACCCAAAUAAACUUUGCUGUUCUCACCGCACACAUAGAGGGAUGAGAUGUUAUUGGCUCUCUGUUCCUCCACAGUGUCAGCGGCAGCACUUUACUCCACAGCCCAGCAGGUCAAUUGAACCAAACAAGCAAACGAAAUACAAACCCCACAUCUAAUUUGUGGCACAGAGUUGGUGUGCUGUGGAAGCUGCUUCGCCUCACUGUUUCAUCCAUCAAGACCCGCUGGCUUUUAUAGUAACCCUCUGUCGGCCUGCACCGUCACAGGGAGAUGAAUGGGACCUAGAAGCUGGGUGCCCCCUGCUACCCUCUGUGUAUAUACCCUGUGGCAACACUAAUAAAAAUCCAGCCUUGGAAUAGAGGCUUUCUCAACAGUA